AUGUCACAGAGCAAUCAUACAAAGGAAACACAACCAGAAAGAGCAACAUCAAAACACAGUUCACAGGAAUUACUAGGAACACCUCAGAAGAGAACUACAAAUGACUUGGAAACUGUGGCUUUACAGAGUGAUGAGAAUAAUAACUUCAAGUGUCCAAUUUGCUUAGAUACACUAAAGAACACCAGGAUUACAAAGUCCUGUUUCCACCGAUUUUGUAAGGACUGCAUCAUCACAGCACUUAGGUUAGGAAACAAGGAAUGCCCUGUCUGCAGGAGAAAACUAAUUUCAAAAAGGUCAUUAAAUCCAGACCCUCAAUUGGAUGAACUAAUCAGCAAAAUGUUUCCAGUUUGUAAGGAAAAGAAUUCUUCUAGACAGAAACGAUUAGGCAAAAGGAAGUAUAAAACCCAACCAGCUUGUAGUCUUAUUAUCAAAAGAGGACAGGAGAUAAUGACCACAAACAGUGUCCAACACAGAGAAGAGCAGCCAAUUAGAACUACUAGUGGAUUGGAAAGUAAUAAUGACAGUUUACCGUCCUGCAGUAAUACAUCCACACAUAGCAGUGACAAAGCAGGUCCCAGUAACAAAAGAGCCAAAACAUCUGAGUUUGAACAUGAUAGCAAGCAUGCAAUAGUGACCUAUGAUUCUGUGACUGAUGGCACUAGUGAACUUGAGACCAGAGGAGAAGAUGACCCUGCAUAUACAGAAUUACCAAAGACCUCAGGCUACUUCCUGCUGUCUCAGGACAUUGUCAAUGUCGGGGAACAGCCAACUUUCACCAUCAGGGCCCGCUUGGCAGCUGCAGUUUAUGCGGAAGUCGGCUUGCGAGACAGGAGAAACAAGACUCAGGUGGUCAAAGUCUCAAGUCUCACAGCACCAGAUGGUGGCUGUGGAGGCCUAGAAGACCGGGCGAUUCAGUUUGGAGCAGUGUGCAUGGUGGCAGUGUAG